CCGUUUACAGUAGUCCGCUCAGUUUGUUUUAGUUUCUACAGACGCCGCUUUGUCACGAGGCGCCAAAAGUCCAGCUCGGAACGAUAACCCGACCGUUGUACGCCUUUGACUAACUGCCAAAACCUGCAGCAACUCCUCCUGUGAGGCUUGCGUUCCUCCGCGCCCCCCACCGGGGCCGUCCGUUCGCCUACCUCGCUCCUAUCUCUAGAUAUCGGACUCGAGAUACUGGCCUGCUAGUUGUUAGCAGCAAGCUAAAGGCUUCCCCCAUGUCCUCUGAAGAAGGGUUCAGCUCAACGAUAACAGACUGGCUUUUCGUCAACUCCUGGUGGCUCCUUCUGCCGUUCAUCAUGCUUCUUGUGGUCGCUGCCCUCGUCGUUGCCUUCGUGUUGUUGCUCUACAUGAUAUCGCCCCUCAUCAGUCCGAAGCCUCUGAAACUAAACGGGGCCCACGUCGUGGUAACUGGGGGCUCCAGCGGCAUCGGGAAAUGCAUUGCGAUCGAGUGCUACAGACAAGGAGCGUUCAUUACUCUGGUGGCGCGAGACGAGGAGAAGUUACUCAGAGCGAAGAAAGAUGUGGAGAAAUUUGCCAUCAAUGACAAACAGGUGGUGCUCUGUGUGUCUGUGGAUGUUUCCAGUGACUACACUCAGGUGGAAAAUGUGAUAAAGCAGGCUCAAGAGAAGCUUGGGCCUGUUGAUAUGCUUGUUAACUGCGCUGGAACGGCCAUUUCUGGAAAGUUUGAGGAAGUGGAAGUGGAGCGUUUUAAAGAAAUGAUAGAGGUGAACUACCUGGGCAGUGUUUAUCCCACGCGUGCCGUCAUCACCACCAUGAAGGAGCGAAGAAUGGGCCGCAUCAUGUUCGUGUCCUCCCAGGCGGGUCAGCUCGGCCUGUUCGGAUACACUGCCUACUCCCCGUCCAAGUUCGCUCUGCGAGGCUUGGCAGAAGCGCUGCAGAUGGAGAUAAAGCCGUAUAAUAUCUAUGUAACGAUGGCGUUUCCUCCUGACACCGAUACCCCGCUCUUCGCUGAAGAGAACAAGUCAAAGCCUUUAGAGACCAAAUUAAUCUGUGAAACCUCUGGAGUUUGGCAACCAGACCAAGUGGCCAAAAUCGUUGUCAAGGAUGCAGUGCAAGGGAACUUCAACAGCUCGGUCGGUCCUGAUGGUUACAUGCUAUCAGCCCUCACCUGUGGAAUGUCACCGGUCACUUCCAUCACUGAAGGUCUCCAGCAGAUUGUCACCAUGGGGUUGUUUCGGACCAUCGCCCUCUUCUACUUGGGGAGCUUUGACAGCAUUGUGCGCCGCUGCAUGAUUCAGAGGGAACAGUCCAAAGCAGCUGACAAGAGAGAGUAAUAGCAGCCUUAAAGUCCUAAAGGUUCCUCCUCCACAGCCUCCUUAUCCAGUCCUCAGUCAUAUAAAUGCUCAACCAUAGGGGGGAGCAAAAGGUCAAGUCAUGAGCUUGAAAUCCACUUCAGAGAUCAGCUUGGAAAAGUAGCAUAUUAGCUUUUCUAUUGACACAAACGCUCAUUUAAAUUUUCUGUGUUCUGAGCGCAUUUAAAGAACUUUGGUUCUAUGUGAGUUCCUACUUCAGUGUGAGAGCUGCCUUAUUCGAGGGGAAUGAGGGCAGACUAAACAACCCCCAGUUUUGUAAUAGGUGUGUCUUUUUGAACCACUUGUACCAGACAUAACUCGAAAUUCAUUACCACCAGGAGCUAUAGAGGGGAAACGGGAGGUAGCGCUUACUUUUAGUCAUCUUGUUGCACGUAUUUCAAAACAAUCCACUUUUUACAAAGGAGUUUUACAGUAUUCACUAAAUGAUCUGUUAGCGUGUUUGUACCACGAGUCUUUGCAGGCAAAGCACUUCUCACGCUGACUGAAUAGCUUCUGUUUGAAACAGGUUGUGACCCUCUGUGUUUACUUUCUGCUGUGGAACGUUCGAAUUGCGUCUGAACUAAGCUGUGAAGUGAUGCAACCACAUUCUUUCUAAUCAGAGUGAGCGGUUGUUGUGUUUAUAUAUAAUUUCCACCUAAUGAUAACCAUACUCAUCCAUUUUACAUGCAAUGUUGGGGAGAAAGAAUUGUGUAUGUGAAUGUGUUUGUUUCUACUGUGACUGAGCCGACCUGCAAGGGACAGAAAAGCCAUUUGAUUUGUUUCGAUUACAACAACACUAAAUUAUAAUUCAGUUGUUCUGCUGGUCGUUCCAGGCAGAAGGCAGGCACUUUGAGUCGAAGUCACAUGGUUGAGAGAAAAACCAGCACAGGAUUUCACAUUUCACCCCGCGUUCGAUCGUUCUUAUCGCCGUUAAAGGGCGUCAACGCUCGCAUUCAGCCACACCAGAUAAGUUCCUGUCAGGAUUGUGUCAGGAGGCUUGCUGGUUCGAGCCUCGUCUCUUUAGGUCUACAUGUUUUAAGUAAAGGUCCAAAUAUUUUCAGACGUUCCCAAAAAAAAAAAACAUCUGUCCAGCCUUGAAAAGUCACAUUUAUCAGAUGACUCUUUUGCAUUUUUUGGGACAGAAGAAGUACAUUUUUGAUUUCUACACGUUUUUCCCUUCAUUCCAUUUUCCAAGAAUGUACUUAAAUGCCAAACAUGCAGAUCAGGACAGGAUUAAUAUCAGAUACAUUACCGGCUGAAUGCCAAAAUGUGUUCAAACUAUCUGUAGAUGCGAUGCAGUUAUUUGGUUUUCUUUGUUAGCGUCGCUGCUCUGUUGAGCAACGUUAAAGCCGUAACAGCUGAUAAAUUUAACGCUUUGAGAAUGAAGCUGUUGAUAGAUCGGUGUGACUUUAACCACACGUUAAUGACUUCUCCCAAGUUUUUUUUGUGUAUUAGUCUGUUUUUACAACAAAAAAAACCCCACUUUAUUUAAUCUAAGAUAUGAAAGUGAGAAUGUUUGAUUCAUGUCUGAUGACGUUCUCAUUUGAUUUUAGUUAAAGGUAGCGGAGAGCUUUUUGUUAUUGUACAUUUAGAUAUUUUCUUCUUCCAUCCUGAAGUAGCAUCUUUUAGUUUAAAGAAUAUGUAGCUGAUUAAAACGAGUUUUGUUCGAACACCGUUAGGCUAUGCAACAUGAAGCUUGUGUUUGAACAUGCAGUCAAAACUGAAGCUAGUUUGCUCCUGUUUAAUAGUUACCUGUGCUCAAUUAAUUUAAAGGUACUCAUUGCAAAGUCACGACCAGUCAAAGUAUAAAGUAAUAAAAUCUGUACAUUAUAUUUUUCAUAUUGCUGGUUUGUCCUUAAACCUGUGAUUUACACCUUGUUCUUAUUUCUUUGGCGUUUAGUUCUACAUAAGAACUUUUUGGACUCUGCUUGUCCGAUCCGCCAUAUUUGUUGACGUACACAGACCACAGCCAAGCUACUGUAGGUCAGUCACGUGAUUUUGUUUUUUUUACUGCGAGUGCGUACCUGCAUUUCAGAGGUGCAUGGAAACCUACUGGAGUAAACUCAAACUGCACCGUUUGACAGUUCUGGAUAACCCUUUUUACGUCUGAUGUCAUACUUUGCAGUGGUACCUUUAGGAAAUUGAACAUGAAAAGUCAUGUGAUUGAUUUCAUUGAGUUUCGUAAUUUUAGCGCCAAAACAUUAACACCUUCACCUUGUGUGCCAUCGAAAGAACAUGUGAGAAGUGGAACGUUUGUUUUAUUUUCUUACAUGAUAAAAUAAACACCUGAAAAAA